GACACUGAAUGACUCGCUGAACUACGGUGCUACUCGGCUGCCACUCGGCUCCUACCCCCGGGGUCCCCUACUCCAGCAUAUAAGGGAGAAUCAAAUUUCGGUUUUCAGUCUCACUGUCAGGCUUGCGGACUCAAAGGACCUACCUUCGGCGAGAUGGCUACGCCCACAGUUUCAACCUUCGUUAUCUCUGUGAUCCUACAGCCCAUCAUCGUGGGGAUCAGCAGUGCUAUGCUCUCAUCCCUCAUAUCCUACGAGAUCGCUGGACAGCUUGACUGGAGGCCGAUCAUCAUAUGCAUGACAUGUGACAUUCUUGUUAUUGGUGUUGACCACCUGAAGGAUCAAGAAGUUGUCAUCAAUGCUCUGGGUGCAGCUUCCAUGAAGCGCUUUACCCCCAUGUUCCACCUUGCCCUCAAAGUCCAUCAGAAACGACGUUCCUCACCGGUAGUUUUUACUACCCCCGCUUUUCUGUGGACGACACCGCUUGAUCUUCAGUGGAUCGGCAGGGUAUUGAAGAGAUUCGCGCUGGUAAAUUAUGAUCAAGAAGAUUCACCCGGAUCUAAGAACCCAUUCAUCAUCAAACGAGUUCCUGGCAUGAAGGCUAUAUUGGACGGUAUCAUUCGGGGCUAUGGGUUAUUCUUAGUCGUCCACUCAGCACUACAGCUAUCAUGGCAAUCAGCCAAUAACGCGCCUCCGUGGACGAUCUUCGAGACUAUCAUUUGGUCGACGGUCAAUCGCACUUGUCAUUGUAUUUUGGCCGAUGUGCGUGACUAUGACGAAGACAAGAAGGUUGGAGUGCCGACCAUACCCGUCCUUCUAGAGUCUCCUCUUAAGACCCGAAUAGUCUUGACCGUCGUUCAAGCAGCUGUUAUGAUGGCCUUCCUCCACAAUCCAUUCAUUGUAGGGAAUUGCUGCUUCACAAUUGCUCUUGCUUGGAUUCUAGGGAAAGAUUCUCCGAAAGUUUACUUCCGUCUCAGUCUUCACUCACAGUCGAUAUUCAUUAUUAUGUACGCUAUUAUGAUCGUUUUACUAUAG